UCUCCUGCACUUUAAUCCAACCGGUGUAUUUGUUGUUAUUUAUUUAUUUAUUAAUUUGACUACUUUUUUUUAUUUUUACAGUCUUCUAUUUUUACCGUUGAUGAGUUUACUGUGUCUAUGUGAGCUGCUGAUAAGACUUGAAGAUUACAGACGAGACCGACUGAGACCAACUUGACCAGCGACAUGAGUUCACCCUUCACCGCCGUCCAAUACUGCCCUGACUUCCCCUUCCACCGGCUGCGGGACCCGUCGUCGCGGCUCUCCUGGGCCGAGAGCUCGUUCAUCUCGUCCAUGACUCAGAACCAGCUGACCCAGACGCCCGACAGCCUCAGCCAGGACGUGUUCAACCAGCUGCUGGACAUGCUGGACCAGUCCUCCCUCCACACCGUUCAGCCCAUCGAGCUCAACUUCUCUGAGGGCCAGACGGCCGUCGCCGGGUCCAACACCAUCCAGAUCAGCAUGGACUGCAUCACCAUGCACGGCCCCCCUGACCCCCCGUCUUCGCAGUACACCAACCUGGGCCUGCUCAACAGCAUGGACCAGAGCAUCCAGAACGGCGGCUCCACGUCGACCAGCCCCUACAACAACGACCACGCACAGAACAACGUGGCGGCGCCGUCGCCCUACUCGCAGCCCAGCUCCACCUUCGACGCGCUCUCCCCCUCCCCCGCCAUCCCCUCCAACACAGACUACGCCGGACCUCACACCUUCGACGUCUCCUUCCAGCAGUCCAGCACCGCCAAGUCAGCCACCUGGACGUACUCGACGGAACUCAAGAAGCUGUACUGCCAGAUCGCCAAGACCUGUCCGAUCCAGAUCAAGGUGCUCACCAACCCCCCCCAGGGGGCGGUGAUCCGGGCCAUGCCGGUCUACAAGAAGGCGGAGCACGUCACGGAGGUGGUGAAGCGCUGCCCCAACCACGAGCUCAGCCGCGAGUUCAACGACGGUCAGAUAGCUCCGCCCAGCCACCUGAUCCGGGUGGAGGGCAACAGCCACGCCCAGUACAUGGAGGACUCCAUCACGGGGCGCCAGAGCGUCCUGGUGCCCUACGAACCCCCGCAGGUGGGCACCGAGUUCACCACCAUCCUGUACAACUUCAUGUGCAACUCCAGCUGUGUGGGUGGGAUGAACCGAAGACCCAUCCUCAUCAUCGUUACCCUGGAGACCAGAGACGGUCAAGUGUUGGGCCGGCGGUGCUUCGAGGCGAGGAUCUGCGCGUGUCCGGGCCGCGACCGCAAGGCGGACGAGGAUAGCAUCCGUAAGCAGCAGGUGACGGACGUCACAAAGAGCAGUGACGGUACGAAACGCCCCUUCCGCCAGGUCUCCCAUGGCCUCCAGAUGUCGUCCAUGAAGAAACGACGGUCCACAGACGAAGAGGUUUUCUGUUUGCCCAUCAAGGGCAGGGAGAUCUACGAGAUCCUGGUGAAGAUCAAGGAGUCUCUGGAGCUCAUGCAGUUCCUGCCCCAGCACACCAUCGAGUCGUACCGCCAGCAGCAGCAGAACCUCCUGCAGAAACAGCCCUCCAUGACGCCCCAGCAGUCGUACGGGUCCCAGUCCCCCCCCCACGGGAAGGUGAACAAGCUGCCCUCCGUCAGCCAGCUGAUCAACCCCCAGCAGCGAAACUCCAUCACCCCCUCCGGCAUGGGAGGAGGCCUCACUGACAUGACGCCCAUGAUGGGCACUCACCUGCCAAUGAGCGGCGACCUGAGCUCGCUCAGCCCCUCCCACGGCCUGCAGCCCCAGCUGCCCAUGGUCCCGUCCUCCCACUGCACCCCCCCCCCACCGUACCCCAUGGACAGCAGCAUCGCCAGCUUCCUCCUGCGUCUGGGCUGUUCAGGCUGCCUGGACUACUUCUCAGCUCAGGGCCUAACCAACAUCUACCAGAUUGAGAACUACAACAUGGAGGACCUCUCCAGACUGAAGAUCCCCCCAGACUACCAGCACCUCAUCUGGAAGGGCAUCAUGGAGCACCGGCAGAACAUGGACUUCUCCCCGCCGCCCCACAUCCUGCGGAGCGCCACCGGGGCGUCUACGGUCAGCCUGGGCUCCUCUGAGGCGCGCGGCGAGCGCGUCAUCGACGCCGUGCGCUUCACGCUGCGCCAAACCAUCUCCUUCCCCCCGCGGGACGAGUGGUCCGACUUCUCCUUCGACCUCGACUCCCGCCGCAACAAGCAGCAGCGCAUCAAGGAGGAGGGGGAAUGA